AGAUGUGUUGGAGUGUUUGGGGGAGGAGCAUGAAAACUACUAUAAAACCUCCUCAGAGUGAAGUCUUGGCUUCACUCCACUUAGAAAGGAGAGAAGCAGUCUCCAUCAUGUCCUACUUUGAGCAUAUCGUUUUGGACUACGACUACAAUGACACAGGUUCUGGUUCUGGCUCUGGUUCUGGGGAGGUGGGAGUGGGACUGGAAGAGCCUUGUGAUAUAGAACGUGUGAUGACAGAUGAGCUUCAGCAGGUCUUCUUGCCUGUGGUCUAUUCACUCAUCUUCAUCCUGGGCAUCACCGGGAACGGCCUGGUCGUCGUGGUGCUGGGCUGUCAACGCAGGUCUAAAUGCAGCCUAACAGAUCGGUACCGCCUCCAUCUCUCUGCUGCUGAUCUCCUUUUUGUUCUGGCGCUGCCUUUCUGGGCUGUGGAUGCAGCUCUGGCUGACUGGCGUUUUGGAGCUGCAGCCUGCAUUGGUGUGAAUGCAAUCUACACCGUCAACCUGUACUGCAGCGUGCUCAUCCUGGCAUUUAUCAGCCUGGACCGUUACCUGGCAGUGGUCCGGGCCACAGACACAAACACUGGUGGGCUGAGGCAGCUGCUGGCACACAGACUGGUGUAUAUAGGAGCUUGGAUGCCUGCUGCCCUGCUUGCAGUGCCAGACUUGAUAUUUGCCCGAACUCGGGAAGGAGGAGAGGGAUCCACUCUUUGCCAGCGAUUCUACCCAGAAGACAACGCUCCUAUCUGGGUCGCGGUCUUCCACCUCCAGCUUGUCCUGGUGGGUCUGGUGAUUCCCGGUCUGGUUCUCCUGGUGUGCUACUGUGUCAUCGUCAUCAGGCUGACCCGAGGCCCGUUGGGGGGCCAGAGGCAGAAGCGGCGAGCUGUCCGGACCACCAUCGCAUUGGUGCUGUGCUUCUUUGUGUGCUGGCUCCCUUAUGGAGCAGGCAUCUCUGUGGAUGCUCUGCUUCGCCUGGAGGUCCUUCCACGGAGCUGCAGGCUGGAGGAGGCUUUGGGCAUGUGGCUUGCGGUGGCUGAGCCCAUGGCUUUCGCACACUGCUGCCUGAACCCACUACUUUAUGCUUUCCUGGGAGCUGGGUUCAAAAACUCAGCCCGCAGAGCCCUCACUCUGAGUCGGGCCUCUAGUUUGAAGGUUUUACCUCGGAGACGUCCAGGGACCUCUACGACCACAGAGUCCGAGUCCUCAAGUUUACAUUCCAGCUAAUGUUUCUUUGUGCUGUGUGUGUGUGUGUUUCUAUCAGUGUGUUGUGUAUACUGUAUAUAUGUGAAGAAAUUUAGACAGAGUAUCUGAUAAAAAGAGCAGUCUGCUGGUUCAUGACUUUUCUCCACUGUGACAUUUCUCUUGUAAGUAGUGUUAAUAUGAAGCUCUGUUCAAAUACUGUUGUACAUUUUUGUAAUAAAUAAACAAAUUACUCACCUUU